CAUGUCCCAUUCUAAGGAUAGAUAUACGUGCUUUGAGUGUUUUUAUCGUACUGAAGAUCCCUUUGGCGAUAGAGACUGUAGAUUGGAUUCAGAAUUUGCAAUACCUUACAAUCCAAGCGAUUAUCGGGUAAUAGAAAAUUGUUUAGCUUGCGGCCUGACUGUGACGAAGAAAAGCAAUAAAUUUUACGAAGUAAAUCGCUUUUGUGUGUAUUCUUCUGCUGGACAGGAAAGAGAUGAAUGGAAAACUCCCAAGAGUGAAUGUUUAAAGGUACCAUUAGUAGAUGGUGAAAUGGAACACUGUUACUGUAAUACCGACUUUUAUGACCUACGAGGAAAUCCUCCGUCUAAAGCUGUAACUUGCUAUCGAUGUUCGUGGGAGAAGUCAAGUGGAAGAUCUUUACAUAGCAGUCAAUGUGAUAUUGAAAUGAAUUUUUCAUAUUUGAAACGUGAUAUUGUCAAUAAACUUGAAUAUAAUUGCGAACAAUGCCAAUUGAAAAAUGAACUUGUAAGCAUUGAAAGAGGGUGUAUUAAGGAGAUAAACAUUAAAGAUAAGUGGAGGAAGAGAUUGAAUAGCUGUUAUAGAACUAGUUUAAAGAGGGGUGAAAUAAUUGAUUGCUUCUGUGAGAAUAAUUAUUGCAAUUCGAGAGCGGAUGAUAUUCCGGACGUUUGUGACCAAGUACGAGAAACUGACGGAAAAAAUACGCUAUUACAAACGAGUACUACGAGUUCUGCUACAACUAUUAUUAAUACAAUUAGUAGUAGUUUACCGGGUGCUUUCAAUAAUGAUGAACCGAAAUUCGCAUGCUUUCAAUGCCUCUAUGCUUCAUGGGAUAGUAACACAAAUAGAGGAUGCGGUUGGGGAGAGAAUUUCACGAUUCCUUCAGAUUCUCCGUUAUAUGUGCUUAAUGGUUGCAAUGAAUGUAAAUUAAUUGUUACUUGGAAGGGCAAUAUACCAUAUGAAAUCUUUAGGUUAUGUCUCACAUAUAAUAGACAAGAUCCGUGGCAAUAUGAGCAAGAACUUUGUACAAAAGAACUGUUGUACGGGGGAGAAAAUGAAUUCUGUUCUUCUGUAGCUGUAAAGAGAACGGAGAAAAAGAUUCUUAUCAAUUGCUUCCAAUGUCUUUGGCGUAUCAAUAUGAAUUCUACUCUUAUUGAUCAAAGAUGUAGGCAUGGGAAUAACUUUAGUGUUCCUCAUAUCAUAGGGGAUUCCUCAGUAGUAUCAAACUGUAGUGCUUGUUAUAUGCAAACAAUCUGGAGAGGAGAUCAAGUUUACGAGGUUCAAAGAACGUGCCAAGGAAAAGGCCUGGUAAAUAGGACUUGGCAGGAUCACCAGACAUCUUGUUCAGAUAACUAUUUGGCUGGUGGUAAAGAGGAACAUUGUUUUUGCGAAGAAGAUUUUUGCAAUGAUAAAUCAAAUACCAUAGCAAAUAUAUGUCAUGAUAAAAGCGGCGGUAAUCACUUUACAAUGGAAAAAAAGAUAUUAUUAAUAGACGCUGGUGAUUUAAUGAAGUAUAAGGGCUAUAAAUACAAACAAUUUCGACAAUAA